CCGUUUCGUUCCAUAACAUAUCUCCCUCUCCAAAUGGCAUUCCCAGUUAUCAGCAGUGACUACUGUGCUCCUUACGCUAUCAAUCUUCAAAUCAAUACAAAAACAGGUUUCACGUACGACGCAAACAAUGCCUGUCGCUUUUAUAUCGAAGAUAAAUUAUUCACACUUCACAAGCGACGUGUCUUGUGUGAUAAUCAAGGAAACCCCAUUGUCACUCUAUACAAGAAGAGAAUGACAUUGCAUGGGCGAUGCCAAGUUUUUAGGGGUUAUAAAAGCAAAGAUUUCUCUCAAUUGCUCUUUUCAGUGAAGAGAUCAUCAAUGAUACCGAGUGGGAUGGUUAACUUAGAGGUCUUCCUCGCUAACAACCAAAGAGAAAGUGCCUGUGACUUUAGAGUCAACGUUUGUAGAGAUAAAAGAUCAUGCACUGUUUAUGCCGGUGAAUCUCCUAGAAUUGUUGCCACGAUGGAGAAUAAUGGCGGCUUCAAUGUUUUGGUCGAUCCCUAUGUGGACUACGCAUUCAUAGUGGCACUACUUAUGAUUGUUAGCGAGAUGAAACAUUAUUUUGAUGAAAUGGUGAAUUUGGCCGCCGGAAUGACAAUUGCAUUGGGUAGUAGUAUGACUUAACAGAGCUCCAAAACAAUUUUACUCAAUUAUGGACCUAAUUAAAAUUAAAUCAUGGGCUUGAUUUCUGUUAGAAUAGAUAGGGUUUGACUUUUGUUUUUAGAGGAAUGUUUAUUUCCACUUCAGUACCUUAGAUCUAAGUUUUGUUGUACCAGUACAAGUAUCAUUUCUUAAAACAAAUGCUUGAAAACAAUCUUUCUAAGGUAAUUAAAACUUGUCGGGUUAUAACCCUUA